GCGGGGCGGCGGGCAGGCGCGGUGACUCAGCCGCCCGCCCGGCGUCCGGGUCCCGCGGCAGGCGGGACGCAGAAAAUGGCGAGGCCCCGCGCCGCGCCCGCCCCCGCGCCGCCCGGCCUGCAGCCGCUGUCGGCGCCGCGGCCCGAGCCGGGCGGGGUCCCGCUGCACUCGCCCUGGACCUUCUGGCUGGACAGAUCUCUCCCUGGGGCCACAGCCGCCGAGUGCGCAUCCAACCUGAAGAAAAUCUACACAGUACAGACGGUACAGAUAUUCUGGAGUGUGUACAAUAAUAUCCCUCCUGUGGCUAACCUGCCUCUGAGAUGUAGUUACCAUUUAAUGAGAGGAGAGAGGCGACCACUUUGGGAAGAGGAGAGCAAUGCCAAGGGCGGCGUGUGGAAGAUGAAAGUGCCCAAGGACAGCACGUCCACAGUUUGGAAAGAGUUGUUGUUAGCGACUAUCGGGGAACAGUUCGCAGGCUGUGCCGCAGCAGAUGACGAAGUCAUAGGUGUCAGUGUCAGCGUCCGGGACCGCGACGACGUGGUCCAAGUCUGGAACGUCAAUGCCUCCUUAGUGGGCGAAGCGACCGUUUUAGAGAAGAUCCAUCAACUCCUGCCCCACAUAGCUUUUAAAGCAGUGUUUUAUAAACCCCAUGAAGAGCAUCAUGCUUUUGAAGGUGGACGUGGAAAGCACUAAUUGCACUCUGUAAAGAAUGCUUUGUCCUUUGCUGAUUGGUUUUGGAAACGGUCUUAACAGGAGGGAGAGUGAAGAGAAGAUUGCCGAAGUCCGAUGCUGCUCACUUAGUGAGCUUCGGGCCCGCAGAUGGGCAACUAGGACUCCAAGUGGCAGGUGGGGUGGGGAGACCGGGUUUCGGCCGUCACAUUGCUGGUUUUGUUUUUUGUUUUUUUGCUUUCUGUGUUAUUUUCACUCCAAUUCUUUUGCCCUUUUGAAUUCCGCGUUUGGUCUAAUGACUGUUUUGUGCACUCUCCUUUCGUGGAGACGCGGGGAAACCAGUUCCCCUUUAAGGGGCGGGCUGUGCCUGGUCACAGGACAUGCGUCCUCAUGCCAGGACUGCUUCGGACGCCGCGCUGUCCUCACAGGAAGCCGCUGGGGAGACCUGUCCUCGGUACUCCUGGUGGGACACACCCUGCGUGCCAUGCACUGGCCUGGUUCUUCUGUGUUUGGGAGAAGCACAACCACACUUACCAGAUGUUGCACUGUCAGCACGCACAUCUUUUAUCUUUCCUUUUUAAACUCUUUCUAUGGCUCUGAAAGGAAGAUGAUAGCUGGCUUCACUCACAUGAAAGCUGCAGUGACCCUUGAGCAUCAGGGUACAACUCAAACCGAGUUUGGACUCGGACAUCUUCCUCACUGAGGGCCCGUCGGCCUUUCCGCAGGAGGGUGGCCGGGGCCGGGCUCCCUCUGGUCUCAGAGGAGAGAGCCAGCUGGCUGCCGCGAAGCUCUCCCACAUGUUGGGCCUGUGCACACCCAGGCUCCACAUCGAUGGACACGUUUUGUGAAAUGACCCUUUUCCUGCUCAGAUUGCGUCAUUUCCGGUAAUCAGCAGUCCCCCAAAUUGGGCAACUUUGCCUGUUGUUCAUUUCAGGGCAGGAAGCUAAAUCUCAUUUCCAAAAUAAAUGUGAACAUCCAUAGAGUUGAACUUGGAGUGCAUAUUUGUUCAUAUUAAUUUUUGGAAUUGUUCAUCUAUAUUGUACUAUGUCACCAAAGAAAUGCUGGUUUUACUGGAAGGAAACACCACGCUGUGGAACGCUGAGCCCUGCUCAGCCCUGACUGCCGGCUCUGCUUUGGCUGAGGGGUCGCUUGAGGCUGCUUGUCCUCCUGGUGGCCUUGGCGCCAGGUUGCUCGCACACGCUCAUACAUCACACAGAAGGGCAUUGGGCCCACGGUCUUUACUCUCCAGCAGAGCCCGGGGGCCUGCAGGCCCGGCCAGUGUUUGUAAGUAAAGGUCUCCAGACAUGUGCGUGGACUUCCUGCAGCUCUGCUUAGGGAAGCUGUGCCCUUCGUUGGCAUCACUGACCACAACAGCCAUAAUCAUGAUGGUCAUCAUUUUUAAAAAUGCUUUGUUUUUAAACUUGAGUUCUUCAGUGAUUUUGUGAGGUAUAAGGAUAUCAGACCCAUUUUUCAAAAGCCUGAAACUUGUCACUUUAAAUAUUAUACUAACGUCCAACUUGUUUUCAUUAUUCAUCUAGAAUUAAAAAAUUAUUCUGGACAUGAAUUAAGAUUCUUUUUAUAAUAUAAAUAUUUUUCUGAUAGAUUAGAAAAGAUAUUGACUUAUCUUCAUUAUAAUUGUCAUAUACAUUUCCAUAAGUAAAUGGAUUUUGAAGUAUUUUUAUUUUUGAACUUUAUUUAAAGGCAUUGUGAUAUGUUCAACCUUUGCAUGUAUAUAGCUUUUAAAGUAAUAAAAUAAAAUAAAAAUAGGAA